AAGUAAACGAGGUGGACAUUAAAGUCGAUUAGAUGACUAGAAUUGGUGUUGUGUGAUGCGGAGCGCGGCGAAUCCGGCGCCGGGCGCUCUGUGCUCAUAUCGAUUCAUUCGUCUCACGCGCCGGCAUCGGGUGGCCGCGCAUAACAUACAUCAUUCCGAAUUCAGUAACUACCCGCAAAAUCAUAAAAUUUAUUUUAAUAUUAAAAUAAAAGUUAAUAAAACCGACCGAUUGAUGAGUGAAAUAUAUCUUUAGUGCCAUAAUUAUCAUACGGUGUGUUAAUAAAUAAACUUAUAUAUUGUUGUGGAACAGAAAAAAAAAUCGUAGUGGUGUUAUCAGACAGAUCGUAUGCAAGAAGAUAUAAUACAUGAGUUCUCAGGAAUUAAAAAUGUCCCUGGAACAUCAAAUGCCGGUGCUCAUGAAAAAGACGCAGAUGAGCGGUGAUCGUCCCGGAUCACAGUGCGGUCUGACAUCUUUGCUUCCGAUGUCGUGUCGCGGUCGAGCCGCUGCAUUCGCUCGGGACUUGCACUCACGACUACGCAGCCUUGGCGCUGCAGAGGGGGAUGAAUGUGAAAAUAACUGGCUUUCCACGAGCGACAGUUCCACUCAUCGACCUUCCAGUUCCACACACUCGCAACGAGACAUAGAUACUUUUUAUGAUUUUGAACUAGAAUGUGAGAGUCCGUCUAGUCCUGUUGAUGGCUUUGAGCCAUCUUUUUCGGAAAGGCAACAUGUAGACAGAGAUCCGCCAUUUUACGAUGUAGAUGCCGAAUCAGAACUAAAAGAACAAAGUAAAUUAAUGCUGAAACAACCAGACAAGGGCAAAAAUGGAUUUAAAUUUUCUACUGCAUUUUAUACAGAAUCACCCGUUAAGCUCCAACCAGGUCCGAGAGAAAAUGGUCACGUUGAUAAGCCCUUAUAUUCUCCUAUAACUUUUGAAGGCUGUGCCCGACACAAUAGUUACGAUGAAAUCGAUAGUGCAAUACAACAUAAUUCAGUUACAACAACAGAUCGAAGUUUGAUUCCACACUUAAACUCAGUAAUAGACAGCGAUUCUGAAUUUGAAUCAGCGAAAAGUGAUCCUUCUGAUAGCAGUGAUCAGAUUGGGGCACAAUCCAAAAAAAAUGAUAUAACAGAGGUUUUUGAAGACUUGUCAGUUACUGAUAGUGAGACGCUCAACGAAAAAGAAGAAAUAUCAACAGCAAGUGUUGAUGAUCUGAAUUUAAGCGAUUUAAACGAAAUUAAUAUAUGCGUAAGCAAUGGGCUAACAGAAAUAGUUACCAGUGAAGUUCCUAUUGAUAAAGACCUGUCACCUGCUCCUGAGAUUGACCCGUCAUUGCUUAACGCGGAGACUAAAACCGAAGAUGAAUCUGAAGAUGAUAAGCCACAACGAGUACGCCGCUGCUCAUCGUUAAAAACGGGCAAAACACCCCCUGGUACCCCAGGUCGUAAAAAAAUUGUGCGCUUCGCUGAUGUGCUAGGACUCGACUUGGCAGACGUGAAGACGUUUAUGGAUGAAAUACCAGUUAUUCCAAAGUCUGCUUACGAUGAUCUCUCUGGUUGUGACGUUCAAAGUUCACCGCCAUCGCGACCUCCCCCGCGACUCGGUGCUUUAACAUUAGUUCCUUUGUUUCAACUACCGCGCGACGUUACAGAGAAGUUAGAAAAACAAACUGUAUGCUUGGAAAGCUCCCGAGUCUGCGACGGUGUUCACGUCACAAUUUGCGGCUCAGUGCGAGUACGAAAUUUGGAUUUUCAUAAGACUGUUCAUAUUCGCUACACUAUGAACCGUUGGCGGACAUACACAGACUUACAGGCAACUUACGUACAGGGAUCAUGCGACGGUUACUCAGACCGUUUUCAGUUUGUUUUAUACGCACCCUGCAUUUCGUCCGGACAAAGAUUGGAAUUGGCAGUGAGAUUUCAAUGCAAAGGCCAGCAAUUCUGGGACAGUAACAAUGGAACUAACUAUUGUUUCGAUUGCUUAGCUCUCGGAGUAGCGCAGCCAGCACCGUCAUCACCGGGGACUCUCCACCCUUCCGUGGACUGGCACCCGUCCUUCUACUGAAUUAGCGUCCAACACGGAUGGUGUAGCGUUUAUGAUGAGCGUCGGUGGCGAACGAUUGGGAGCGAGAAGUCCGGCACCUCCCGGUCCGGCUGUGUGUGUGCAGAGAGGCUCGCGGAAACGCCCGUUGCCGGUCACAUUCCUGUGCCUGUAUAAAUUGCAGCUGCAAAUUUUUUCGUUUGCAAAUGAACUUAAAUUAUUAUUGAGGCUUCGUAUAACUCUUGUGAUAUACAAUUUAGAUUAGGCGUAGGAUAUGUAAAUACGGGCGUUUGACUCGUUUAGAGUGGCAUUUGCCGUAACGACGUUUGUUUGUAGAAUUAUUUGUAGGUACUAUUAAUUUGUAGUACAACGUCCCUGUGGACAAUAAAAAGCAAUAGUAGGUACUGAAUAAUGUGCCGAGCGAGGCGCGAGCCGCCCUCACUGUUCCUUUGUAUAUAGAUCGAGAGAUAAAUUCUGAAUGAUAUUAAUUAAUACAUAUUUUAAUAAAACUUUUUACGAAACUAUUAGUCAUAUUGAAUACCUUUAUCUCGAAAAAACAAUUAGUUAGCAAGUUUUAUUCACAAUAACUACGAAAUUAGAUAAAUAACUAUAUGAUUAAAAAAUAUUAAAAUAUAUUAUGACAGAAUUAGCCUUGUUAGUUUUUUACAAUGUUUUAUCAAUUGUUACAAUAUAGUUGUCAACAUCGAUGUCAGUUAUUAUAAAGUGUCCUUACUGGCAACCCUUAAAACUGUAUGUGCUGUACUAUAUAGGUAAUGUUAUGAAAUCGAUGUAAUAUUUUCUAUUUUUUUAAAUACAGAAUCAUGACAACUCGAUACAUAAUUAUUAAUACAGGAGAUAUAUUAUUUGUUACGAGUAUAUUGGAUUUUGAGAUUCUAUUUUUAAAAUGAGACUAAUAGAAAUAACGGAAUUAAAUUAUUAUUAUUAAUAUUUAUAACGAUGAUUUUUAUUUUAUAUGUACCUGAAAUCUUGUAAUGUGGCCAUAUUAUUGAUUACUUUAUAAACGCGGAAACGCUAUUCUAUUGGAUUUUUAUUAGUAUUGUUAUUUUUGACACCUGUUUUAGCAAUAAAUCUACGAAUAAAUGAAUGUGCAUAAUAUCAUGA